AUGUCAGAGCAGCAGAGUGCCCCGGAACAGCUGGAUGCUGGGAAGAGCCAGGGUAGAGCCGGAGCCAUGUAUAAGGUGUUGCUGUUUGAGUUCGAGAACUUCCAGGGCUGCAAGGUGAUGUUUUCUGUACAGUGUAAAGAUGUGACAGAGAAAGAACUAGUGAAGGUUGGAUCUGUGAUAGUGGAGUCAGGACCAUGGGUGGGUUAUGAUCGACGUGGGUUCAAAGGGGAGCAGUUUAUUCUGGAGAAGGGUGAGUAUCCACGCUGGGACACCUGGACCAACAGUCAGAAGAGCUCCUCCUUCAUGUCUCUAAGGCCACUCAAAGUGGACAGUGCUGAACACAAGCUACACCUGUAUGAGAACCCUGGAUUUACUGGUAGAAAGAUGGAGAUUGUUGAUGAUGAUGUGCCCAGUUUGUGGGGCCAUGGUUUUCAGGAUCGCGUAGCAAGUGUCAAGGCUCUUAAUGGAACAUGGGUUGGCUACAUGUACCCAGGUUACAGGGGGCAGCAGUUUAUCUUCGAGCAGGGAGAGUUCAAGCACUGGAACAACUGGGAGGCCCCUGCACCCCAGAUCCAGUCUGUGCGGCGUGUGCGGGACAUGCAGUGGCAUAAGAGGGGCUGUUUCACAGUUCUUGACCCAGAUCCAGCUCCCAGUCCUAACCCCAACCCCGCUCCAGCACCUCCUGCACCCCUUGCCACAGCUGGAGCCAGCUGA